AUGGGACAGACUGAGAGUAAACCAAACAAUGCGACAACAACAACCAACAAUAGUAAUAAUAACAAUAACAAUGGCAAUGGCAAUGGCAAUGGCAAUGUUAGGAAUGAUAUGAUGACAAUGAAUAUGGCAUCAGGUGAUACUGGCAAUGCAUCAACUGUAAAUGGUUACUUCAAUCAACAUCAAUAUCAAUAUCAAGCUCAGGGUCAGAGUCAGCAGAGUCAACUACAACAACUUCAAAUGCUAGAUCCAGCCAAUAUUAGCGCACUUAUAAGCAAUCCUGCAGUGGCAAGUGCACUGCUCUACGAUAGCAACCCAUAUACAAGUUACUCCUACGAGAAGAAGCCGACAAAGGAGGAGCUGGACGUCAUGCUCAAGUACAGUCGGCCUGGCGGCGGCCCAUCACCUAGCGGCGACACAGACGCCACGCGGUCCGACUCUGCAUCAGCAGCCGACGAUCAAACAAAAGAUGAAGAGCAAGACGAAGAAGAUAUCGAGCCCAAGGAGCCUGAGAUUGAAAGGCUUGAGCUGACGCCACAGUUCUAUCCAUUGUAUAAACGGUAUAACAAUCCUUUGUUCGUGCCGGAUAUGGAUGAGGUUGGUGUCGCGAGCAUUGGUAUCAAUCUACAACAUUACUUGAAGAACUCCACUGGCUAUAUAAACGACAAACAACACCAGCUACUGGAACGCGUACGAGACGUUGAUUUUAACAAGUCAUCCAAGUUCACCAGAUCAUUCAUUGCCACUGUCAACGAUGUGAAGCAGAGCAAUGUAAACAUCAAAGAUGUAAUGGACAAGGUUAAUGAUAAUAUAUUGAAUAUAACAGAGACGAUAAAGAAGGUUGGCGAUAUGAUUGAGAUGUUAGAGUUAGUACUGCCGCCAGAAGAACGAGAGAACUUCAAGAAUGAGCUGAUGGCAGUGACGACGACUACAACUACGACGACCACGAUGUAA